GAAUCGAUCGAUUUAAAAUCGGAUAUAAUGAAGAAUGAUAUUUAAAAAUAUCAAAAACGAUAUAUUUUCCCGCUCAUGGAGGUUCUAUAAUUAAUUAAUAUAUAGAAAGAUUCGUAAUGACGGUAAUAGAAUGGCUGUCGUACGAUCUACUUUACCGACAUAAAUAUAGACGGGCGCUCGCCGUUGUUCGUUUUCGUAAUCGGCCGCAAGAUGGCCGCGGAGCGCAACCGUGCACCUGUAGUGACAGCACGUGCUAAGACGACUAUAAAUUGUGAUCAGAUAGUUUCCCGCUUUUUAAAGUGUUACAUUUCGGCUCGUGGAACAUUCGGAAGGAUAAUAGGUGUCGUCGAACCUGAAACAGAGGAAACGAUAAGGAAUGAAUCACUCGGAUUCCAUGGAAGUUUCAUAAAAUAAGGAGUCAUCGAAAAUUUGAUGAUAGCAACGAACACGAUCGGGUGAAAAGUGUUUAGUUACCUGCGGACGUCAAAGCGCAAUGUUCACUGCUAAUCGUUCUUAGAUACGAUAGAUCGGUCGAGAUGGAUGUGAUCGCGUACAAUCAUCACGAGAUCUCGAGUAUAGUGAACGAUAUAGACGGGGGCGACCUCGAGGAGAGUCAGUACGAAGAAGAGAGCGAGGAAAUUGUGCCUUAUUUAGAUAUCGAUCGGAAUUUGUUGACACUCGAGGAGAUCAAUGCCGACAACGAGAAAAAAUACAAGUUUCCAUUCAGGAGAAGUCUUUUCGACAACGUACCACCUUAUAUAACGUUCCAAUCGUUCGACUCAAAGGGCUUGCCGUUGCCCUACGAAAUGAGCAAACACCUUAAAUGGCGAUUAAGUACGAUUACGCCUAUUAUAGUACGUCGUACGCUGGUAAAUUCUGGUUUUCGACUGAUGAAAAAGUCUCAAGAAUGGUCGGGUACCUGGGGUAAACACAUGAAAUCGGCAUGUUAUAAGAACUUGAAAGAGUUUCAAAAGGUCAAUCAUUUUCCUGGUACAUUUCAAGUUGGUCGUAAGGAUCGUUUAUGGCGUAACGUUAGUAGGAUGAUGACGAAGUAUGGGAAACGAGAGUUUGGUUUCGUUCCUAGGACAUACGUUUUACCACAGGAUCUUCGUUGUUUCCAUCAGAUCUGGGAGAAAUCAGGUAGCAAGGAAAAAUGGAUAAUCAAGCCUCCGGCUUCGGCAAGGGGAAGAGGUAUUCGCGUCGUUCAUCGUUGGUCCCAAAUACCAAAGAAACGUCCAGUUGUCGUUCAACAAUAUUUGUCAAAGCCUAAAUUGAUCGGCGGUGCCAAAUUCGAUUUGCGUCUUUACGUUCUCGUAACGAGUUUUAAUCCUUUAAAGAUUUAUCUUUAUCCGGACGGUUUGGUCCGUUUCGCAUCCGUUAAAUACGUCGACGAUAUAAAUUAUCUGAGCGAUCGUUUCAUGCACUUAACGAAUUACAGUAUAAAUAAGACCAGCGCCACCUAUACGAGCAACAAUUGCGCUGACUCGUGUUUCGGGCACAAAUGGACCUUGAGGACGCUUUGGUCUUAUCUCGAGAGAGAACACGUGAACGUUUCGAAAUUGUGGUCGAGCAUGAAGGAUAUCGUCGUCAAGACUAUGAUAGCUGGCGAAUCCUCGAUAAAUACUCUUGGUAGACCUAACAUGCAAUCGAGAUACUGUUGUUAUGAACUUUUUGGAUUUGAUAUAUUAUUGGACGAACAAUUGAAACCGUGGUUGCUCGAGGUCAAUAUAUCUCCGUCCUUACAAACCUCUUCGUCUCUCGACGACGCGGUCAAGGGUCCUUUGAUAAAGAACGUCUUCAAUAUCGCCGGUUUUCAAUUGCCCUCUACCAUGCCCACCGAAGACAUAGAGAAAAUAUCUCAGAAAUAUCAGGUAGACACUGUAUGUUUAGAUCUACGACUUCAUAGAACGACAUUGAGCUAUCAAGAGAGGCACAAACAAUCGUUGUACGCUAAUCUACGUGAUCGCGAGGAUUACAUAGACGAGAUCAUUGAGGAUCUUACACCGGACGACGUACGCCAUUUGAUCGCUUACGAGGACGAAUUAACCCAAUUGGAUAGAUUCGAAAAAAUCUUCCCUACGAGCACCAGUCACGAAUACAUGCAAUUCUUCGAUGUUCCUAGAUAUUACAAUAUGCUACUCGACGCCUGGGAAUUCGCUUACGGAGAUAAUCGAGAAAAAGGGAUUUCAAGAUUGCAGAAACUCUGUCAGGCGAAGUAUCAUCUCGAGCAACAAGUGGUUUAUUAUAUGACGAUACCACGUAAGAAGAGGAAGGACGUCUCGACAGGUACCAGCCACGGCAAAUUAUGGAGUAAGGACGAGUUCGAAGACGACGAGGGGUUCGCGUACGAGGAGAUAACCGAAAGGCUUUUAACGACGGCUCGAGCGGCAAAGUUGCCCAUCGAAGGCGAUCGUUCCGAGACCGAUCGAGUUGACAAAAAGCCGAAGCUACCGAUGCGAGAGAGCCUCUUUGCUCACGUUCCACCGUACAUCAUCUUUCACGGUUACGACAAGAACGGCGCGUCAUUACCUCCGGAAAUUACGAGACACCUGCUCUGGUGGCAUACCAAGAACUUCUCACCGCGAAUGAUACGUCUGACGGUUCUCAAAUCGGGAUUUACGAUGACCGAGAAAUCUAUGGCCAAUUGGUCCGGUACCUGGUGUAACAAACCGGCGUUUCUACGUACGAGGAAACAAUUGAAAAAAUUUCAAAAGAUCAAUCACUUUCAAAAUUGUCAAGAGUUAAGCAACAAGAUCAACUUAUGGAGAAACAUUAACAGAAUGGCCAAAGUAUACGGUAAUAAGAGUUUCAACUACAUGCCGUACUCUUACGUACUACCAACAGAUUAUGCGAAACUUAAGAGAUUUAUGGAUAGGAAAAACGGCACUGUCUGGAUCCUGAAACCAGGAGAUUCUUGUGCCGGUCACGGUAUACGAUUGGUGUCACGUUGCUUCGAGAUACCAAGAAAGUCAUCCUACCUGGCCCAACGUUAUCUAUGGAAUCCGAGCUUGAUCAACGGCUACAAGUACGAUAUACGUUUGUACGUUCUAUUAACGUCGAUCGAUCCCCUUCGUAUAUUCAUUUAUACGGAAGGUCUUGUCAGGUUAGCCACCGUUAAGUAUCACAAUAGACUCGAUACUCUAAAUGAUCGUUUUAUGCAUCUGACUAAUACAUCGAUCAACAAGCUAAGCCCUAGAUACCGAGGUAACGACGAUCCCAAUAAGCAACAGGGUAACAUGUGGUCGUUGACAGCUCUUUGGAAUUAUCUUCGUUUCAGAGAACGCGCGAAUAUCAAUAAUAUUUGGCGAAAGAUCAAAGGUAUCGUUAUUAAGAGUAUUAUUUCCGCCGAGAAUUCCUUGAUACAGGGUAUGAAAGAUUCUCAUCCACCGAGUUACAACAAUUGUCAAUUGUUCGGUUUCGAUGUACUCCUAGACGUACGUUUGGAACCAUGGUUGCUCGAAGUUAAUGAUUGCCCGUCGAUGUCUACCGAGACACCUUUGUGCGCCAUCAUUAAGGGUCAACUUGCACGUGACUUUUUAAAUCUCGUUGGUUUUCACGUGCCCGAUAUAUUGAAACCGACCGACGUCGAAACAUUGAAAGGAUAUUCGAACGAAUCUCAAAUCUGUUACGAUCGUAAUCUAUACGAUACUUUCUUGUCGAAGAUAGGAGAAGAAAAGCAACGUUCCUUCGAGAAUAAUGCUCGGAAUAAUCGUGAAUACUAUUUGAACGUAAUUCUGAGGGAGCUCACGCCCGAGGACGUGAGGGUGUUGAUACGACACGAGGACGAGCUCGCCCAAACCGGCAGAUUCGAAAAAAUCUUCCCCACGUGCAACACGUACGAGUACUUCAAGUACUUCGACAAACUCAGUUACUACAACAUGCUUCUCGAUGCGUGGGAACACACGUACGGUAAUGACAGGCUUCGAGGUAUCGACAGGGAGAAGAAAGUUAUGAACGCAUCAACGAACACGAUAAGUAGGAGGUUAACCUCGGUGUACGUUUACGACGAUCGUCGAGAGAAGGAGGAAGAUUUGUACGAACUGAUAACCGAGUAUCUAUUAUUGUUCCCUCCGAUAAAAAAGAAUCCAUCGACGAGCGUUGAAUCGAAACACGAAUUACCACUUCGUGCCAGUUUAUUUCCACACGUUGCUCCUUACGUAGAAUUUCAAGCUCACAACGCAAAGGCACGAUAUUUCCCUCAGGAAAUUCAACAACAUUUACAAUGGGAUCUUACGUCGGCAACGCCAUCGAUCGUACGUAAGAUCGUAGAAAAAACGGGAUAUCGAUUGUUAUCAGGUUGUACAGGUUGGUGCGGCGCAUGGAACGAGAUCAUGUACACGUACAAUUUCUCGAAUCUGAAGAAUUUUCAAAAAGUCAAUCACUUUCCCGGCUCCUAUGAGAUAGGACAUAAGGAUCGUUUGUGCAGAAACGUCCGUAGAUUGAUAUUACUUCAUGGUAAGAAACGUAUAGACUUUAUACCGAGAACAUAUAUACUACCACACGAUCUCGAGUUACUAUUGAAAAUCUGGAAUAAGGACGAGGAUAAAAAAUGGAUAUUGAAACCGCCAGCUUCGUCUCGUGGUCGUGGUAUCAAAGUAAUCAGUAAUAGAACGCAAAUACCUAGAACGUGUAAUUAUCUGAUAAUUCAGCGUUAUCUCUCGAGACCAAAAUUAAUCAACGGUAACAAGUUCGAUUUAAGGCUUUACGUACUCGUGACAAGUAUCGAUCCUUUGAGAGUAUAUUUUUACGAAGACGGCUUGGUAAGAUUCGCAAGUAACAAGUACAGAGACAGCUUGUCGACUCUUCACGAUCGUUUUAUGCAUUUAACCAACUACAGUAUCAACAAGUACUCCUCGGAUUAUACCGAGAACGAUACCGUGGAUUCUUGCAAGGGUCACAAGUGGUCCCUCAAGUGUCUCUGGAAUCAUUUGGAGAAACAGGCAGUGAACACCGGGAAUAUCAUCGAGAGGAUUCACGACAUGAUCGUAAAGACUAUAGUUUCCGCGGAGUCAUGCGUCAAUAAUUUUUCUCGCGUAUAUGCCGGCUCUUGGUACAACUGUUAUGAACUUUUCGGUAUCGACGUUCUAUUGGAUGAAAAUCUGAAACCUUGGUUAUUGGAAGUUAAUGCUUGUCCUAGUUUACAAACGCCUUCGUUAUUGGACGAAACUAUCAAAGGUGCUCUCAUCAGAGAUACCUUGAAUCUCGUCUCGUAUAGGAUACCAGCGGAAUUACCAAAUUGUUCGCUACGUCAAGCGAUCGCUAAAAGCGAACAUUCCACGAUCUGUCAUGAUUUUCGAUUAAACGAAAAGAUAUUGACCAAUAGGGAAAAAUUGAAACAAUUACGAUUCCUUUCUAAGAGAAAACGGCAAACUUACUUGAAUGAAAUCCUACAAUAUCUAACUGCGGACGACGUAAGACAAUUGAUACAAUACGAAGAUGAAUUAAAUCGUUUGGGCUCUUAUCGAAAGAUCUUCCCUACCAAGGAUACCCACAAAUACUUCAAGUAUUUCACAUAUCUGAGUUAUUACAAUCGAUUGUUCGACGCCUGGGAGACAGCUUAUGGUCGGAAAAGGAACGAGGCUGUUCAAAGAUUGCGAGAAUUGUGUAACAAAAAGUUUCACCUUAGACGUCACAACGAGUAACAUUCUUCCUCUUCUUAUUUGUCAUUUUUAUUCCAUAUCUCGUUCUAACGAAAUUCGUAUGUAAUAGUCCGAACAAAAUUGUUAACGAGAAAAAAAGAAAAAAAAAAAAAAAAAAAAAAAAAAAAACAGAAAAAAAAAGAAAAAAAAAGGAAAGAAAUUGUCGAGAAAAUUGUUCAGUCUAAUUUUUACGUGGACCAAAUGAGUCUCAUGCCUGUAACAGCCACCCGGUUUAAUAAAUCUGUACUGACAAUUUAAUGUCUCUAUUGUGACCGCGACGGUCGACGGUACUGGGCAAACUGAACUUGAUUAAGUUAAUACGAAAGGGGACCAGAUUUCUUCGCUUCCGCCCUUUAAAUUCAAUUACUAGUCAGUUCUACGCUACUUAAAACAUCAUAUAUCAGUUUUAUACAGAGGAAGUAGUACGAUUCGGUGGGAUAUAUAGUCCUCUGAAAAAAAAAAAAAAUUCGAAUAUCGAUGUCGACUUACGUUUAUCCUUCUUUUUUUCCUCUGCUCCUGACGCAACCACCUUUCUAAAUUUUCACAAAUAUUAUCAUUUUUAUUCAUAUUAUAAUUACAAUAUUUAUUCGUACAUCGUAAAAUACCUAUUUACGUAUGAUUGCAAUAAACUUUGAAGUAUUAUUAUUACACAUCGCGUAUCGCGGA